AUGGCAACAGACAGCGAUACCCUGAUCAUCAUCUUCCUGUGGCUUGUGUACGUCUGCCUGCAUGCCUGCUUCGACUACUGCGAACGUCGCUCGCUGCUCCGGGCCGAGGAGUUGGAGGCCCGAGAGCGUGCGCAGGCAGCCGCCGCACGCUCCGGUAGCCAACCGAGAAGCUCUCGGCGCAGAACACGCACCUCCGGGGACGCUACGGCUCCCAUAGCCGUCAUCGUUCUUGGAGCCGACGGGGACCUGAAUACGAACCUCAACGAGCCGUGUGAGGGUGCCGUUGUACCGGGCGCAAGCGGGUACAUGCCUGUGCUGCCAGAGCAAGUCCACUACGGCGAGUCAACGUAUAUGAAUCGCCAGGAGGACCUUAGUGCCGCUGCUCUCGAAAAAGCACUGGAGGAGUUGUCGCCAGCAGCGGAAGUGGAUGCAGGAAAAGAAGAUCCAGCUCUCAGAUGA